AUGUACAAAGUCAAAGUCGAAAAUAUUAAUGUUAAAUUAGGAAAUAAUCUUAAUGGUGGAACCAAUGGGAUCAUUAUUGAAGCUGAAAUUGACGGAGGGAAAGUGGCACUUAAAAUUUAAAAAGAAAUAUCCUAAUAUCAAAAACAUAUUUUAAUGUCUUUGAAAGGAAAGCAAUUUGAGAGUAUCAUUCAGGUAAUUGCUAUUGAAGAGAAAGAAGAUGGAUUUUACACAAUUAUGGAACUUGGGAGGAACUUUGAGUUAUAAUAUCUACCAGAUAAGAGAAAAGCUUGCUUGCAAGUAAAUAACUUUAUUUAUUUUAGAUUGUAAAGGGUGUUUCUUAAUUACAUAGUUUAGGAUAUUUUCAUAGAGAUUUAAAACCAAAUAAUUAUGUUCUUGGAAUCAAUA